AUGGCCAGAGAGGGUGGCGACACCUUCCCGCCAGGGAAACAAAGGGAGCAACUUCGUGCUUCAAAGCCUCUGGCUGAACUCCAGUGUUCCACUAUCAACAUGGAAUUUGAGUCUCGUCCUCGUACUAGAGCCAUGAAGUUCAAGUUAGCUGUGGGCAGUCUACAUCUUCAAGACAAGACCACUCACAACUCAGUGUUCCGUUACAUCAUCUCGCUGCAGUCACAGGAGUCCAUUGGCCACUCCCCGAGCCCCCUUCCUCGUCUGAGUACAGCUGAGAGACUCUCACCGAGGCCAUUGCUGCAGGACACGCAGGAGUGGAAGUUUUUUGAGCUGUCGUACGAGAAGAACCCUUCUUCAAGCUUCUUCAGAUACAAAACCAGCAUCAAGACCCGGCCUCUGGACAUUGUCUACUCUCCAGCAUUCAUCAAACAAGUGAAGGGAUUCUUCUCUUCCCCAGUCAGUCGAGCACAGAAAGCAAGGAGAUCCAGAGCCUCAGCAUGGAAGUUUGAGGCCCUGAAGAAGAAAUCUCCAGAGCAGCUCAUGGAAACACUGGAUCAACUUCUGGAAGCAGAGGGUGUAAAGACACGCUGGGACAUGAAGCUGGAUAUCUCAGCCCCAAAGUUGAUCAUCCCUGAACGUUGCACGGACCCCACCAGCCCUAUGGUGGUCAUUGACCUGGGUCGGCUGUGUCUCGAGACCUGUAGCAGCUCACGCACUGACUCCAGGACCACGCUCCAUACCGAUGGACAUGACGAUAAUGAGGAUGACUUCCACACCCCACUGACCACACCGCCCAACGAGUCCGCCCUUGACAAUCCCCCAGUGAAGUCAGUGUCCUCCUCUAACCUCCUGACUCAAGAGAACUCGGCAACCUCCCUCACAGGGCUGUCAUCCACUGCAGUCAUGGAUCACUUGUAUGAAAGGUACAAGCUGGACUUGACAGACAUGCAGGUGCUGCUGGGCCGACCUCAAGACAACUGGCGCCACGCCUACUCCCGGGGAAACAGUCGUAUGCACAUCCUGGACAAGUUCAGCAUUUCCCUGCAGCUGGAGAGGCGGCUGAUCGUGACGGCAGACCCGAAGUGGCCCAAGAUGAAACUGUCGGGCACUCUUCCAUCACUCACCUUCCAUCUCAAUGAAAGAAAGAUCCAUGCAGUCAACACCUCCGUGGACAUAGUGUCCAGUGGUAGCUCCAGUUCUUCACUGCAGACAGUCAUGGACAACAUGUCCAGUGGUAAUUCCGACCUCGGACAGCGGUCACAUACAUCUGUCAGUGAGCCUGUGAUGAAGAAAGGCAAGGAGGAGAUAGACAACAAGCUGGUGGUGCUGCAGUUCCUCAUCCACAGCCUGUCCGUGGAGAUACAGAGUCAGGGUCAAGCUCUAGCUGAGUUCCAAGUGACCGAUGUGCAGGCAGAUGUGUCCAAGAAGUCCCACAACACCUCCCUCAAGCUCACAGUCCACAGCCUCCUUGUGGUGGAUGCCCUGCAGAGCUACGGACCUGACUUCGAGCUUCUCAUUGCUUCACACAAACAUCUGGUACUGGACUCUCGGAGUGGUAGUAUCCGUGGAUCUGAUGCUGGGUCUCCCCUCUCCCCUGCGUCCCCCAUCACUCCAGGUUCACCAGGGAUGGAAGAUGCUAGUUCCCCCCUGUCGUCCGGGACCUUCCAGAGUGGUAGUUUCCAGGCCAUACAAGACACCAUAUCUUCAGCAUUUCAAGUGUUCACAGGACCGACCUCCCCCCAGUCACAGAAGGCCGGAGAGGAUGUUAAUGGCAGCCUUGGUCCCUCGUUCCCUCGUCUGGGACAGAACUCUGAGGCCCUCAUCAUCAUGGAGUAUGAGCAGAUCGUGGACCCCGGACUGGAGGGGGACAAGACAGUUGAUGGGGGCAUGCAGAUACUCAACCUGCAUUUCAAUAGUCUGGAUUUCAUAGCAAACCAGGAAACCAUUGUAGAGAUUCUCAGUUUCUUGAAGAGAGCAUUCCCAUCCUCCAGCGAUAAACAGUCCUCCAGACCGCCACAGGACAGACGGCAGUCGAAACGCGAAGACUCCAUCAAUUUCCAGCCCAAGAAGGACAAGUUGAUGGUGACAGCUGACUUCAAGAGGCUAAACAUCCUACUGCCAUGCUUCAGUGAGAAGGACGCGCGAAAGGUUUGGAAGAAGGUUGCCACAGCAACCAUGUCCACGGCCAAGAUAGAGGCCAGUCUAGAUGACAGUUGGCAGAUAGAAGGCAGUCUGGGUGGUCUCCACUUGACCGAUGUCACACCAGAAGGCAGUCUCUACCAGCAGGUAUUCAGUGUUGGGGAAAGCCAGCUAGACCAAUCAGAAGGACUCAUUUCUCCCCGAACCAUUCCGUCUGCUAUGUACCAAACUGCUCGAGAUGAAACUGUGUUCACUGAUGCUGUUCAUGCUAAGGGAAGCUCAAAGAAGGCCUUUUCUUUCAAUGUGAAAAAAACAUUGCUUGAAGGAGCCCGGGAUGGAACAUUUGGGCAUUCUUUCCCAGAAUCGGAUGAAAUUUACGCUGACUUUACCAUGGCAUCUGUAUAUUAUACACAUUCGCCUCAGUUCCUCAAUGAGCUGAUGGACUGUAUGUCAAAAUUCAAGGACUACAUGUCUGACUUUGCCUCUUCUAUAGGCAAGGCUGCAACAGAAGUAGCUAUGGGUCUGGUCGGAGGUCGAGUUGACCGCGAAGGACAUGACCACACGUUUGGAUCUGUUACUGAUCUGUCCAGUCAGAGAGAUUCUUGUAUGAAGUUUACAGCUCGAAUGGAAACUCCAAUCAUAGCCCUUCCACGAACCCCUACAAGUUACCAGGUUCUUCUAGCUGACCUUGGUGAGAUAACCGUGUCCAACUCUAGUCUCACCGAGUCCAGCACAGCAUCAACGCUACAUGACUCUAUGGACCACAGUGAAGAGGUACAUAUAUCUUUGAGGAACAUGAAUCUGUAUUCUCUUGAUCUGGAGAAGUACAAUACUCAAGUAGGGCAGAGCAUAUCGGCAACGCUAAUGGGAAAGUCCUACUACAGUCUAUCGUACGAACUUGGUGUGCCCAUUUUGUAUGACACAGCAGUUGAUUUAGUGAUUGCCAAAGAAACAACUGAAGUGCCAAUAAUCAACCCUGAGGUUACAAACAAUGACUUCCCACCUAGGACUCCUAAAAAAUCUGUGCAGCCAGCUCAGAUAAGCAAUGUGUUAAAGGUAAGUGCCAAAAUCUCUCCGGCGGUGAAGUUGGUGUUGUCAAAGGAGGUGUACGAGCAUAUACUGCAGACUCUGGACAACCUGACGUACAGCGAGGACGACUAUGCUCCUGAUGCAUCUGAUGAUUCCACAUCCUCUGGAAGACCUGCUGAUGGUGCUGCUGCUUGUGAAGGACAAUCUGAAUCUCAUGCAAACUUGGCUAUGCAAGAGUCAUCUUUACAGGAGGGAUUUCUUGCAAAACAUUUCCAUUUUGAAGUUCCUCUGUUUGAAGUUGAACUUAGGGGGGAUUUCGGGGAGGGGGAGCAAGGAUUAGUUGAUCUCAAGCUGACUGACUUUUCUAUGAAUUAUGCCAAAGAUAAUAAAGUUGUGACAGAAAUGCAGCUCCGACUGAGAUCCCUGUCAAUGGAUGAUUUGUUAGAAUCCGAGAAAUCAGCUCAUAGACAAAUCAUGGUUUCUCGCAGCUCCCAUAAAGAACCUGAUGUGGAGGAUGCCAAACCAAAAACAUUCCCGUCGACAUCUUGUCCUGAUAGUACUAUCAUUGCCCCAGUGCACCUCAUGCCAGCACCUCUGCCAUCCAGUUUCCACAAGAAGAUCCCAAAACCCACAUCACAGAAACAAGGCACAGCAUUCUAUGUUGGCUUCAUCCAGAAACAGAGAACGAGGGGGAAGGACAGGGAGAUGUUCCCCCAGACCCCGCCUCCAUCCCCAACCCUCAAUGACAUCCUCAACCCCGAGGAACUGCCAAUAGAGGAUCUUGUCCACAUUGAUGUGGUGCUUGUUGACAAGAAGUCCCCAGACUAUACAACAAAAUAUGACAAGACAAACCGCUUCAUUGAUGUCAACUUCAGCUGCCUGGAGAUGACUUUCAACCUGCAGACAUGGGUGGUCCUCCUCGGACUUCCUGGGGAUGGGGCCAAGGUCCAUGACACCGAGUCCGACACUUCCUUCCUUGACCCCACAUCAGAAGGGGACAGCACCCUCAACACACCUGAGACAGAGGAGGUGGUUAAUCAGGAGAUCAACUUCGCCGUGGAGAGCUUCACCCUGAUCCUCAACAAGCCGGAGUACUGA